AAGCCAUCUGUCUCUUAAUAAGUCGAAGCCAAAAAGCAUUUUAGAGGGAAGGAGAUAAGAAUUUCCCAAUUUUAAUUUUUCCCCCGAAACGGAUCGGACGCCCCACCCUGACGCCAGCGCCACCGAUCCGACCGAUUGAUUGAUUCAUGGAGGGCGUUGGUGCCCGACUCGGCCGCUCUUCAACUCGCUACGGACCCGCCACCGUCUUCACUGGCCCGGUCAGGAAGUGGAAGAAGAAAUGGAUCCACGUUGCGCCGUCGACCACCGCUUCCAACAACCAUUCCCACUCUCAGCGCCACACUAACCCCAACAAUGUUGCCGCCAAUGCCACUGCCAACUCUACUACUAACGCUUCGCAUCUUUUGCUUUUCAAGUGGACGCCUAUUACACAAAGUCUCAACAAUGGCAACGCCGAUGAAAAGAAUGCCGGCAAAGAGGACACCCCAACGGUGACAGAGGAACCUCCUCGCCGAAAAUUUAAAUACAUACCGAUUGCUGUAUUAGAGGAACAGAAAAACGAGGCUGCAGAAAAUGAAGCUGCUGAUGAUGUCGAAGAUGAAGCUAUCAAAUCAAAUGAUGUUGAACCAAGUAGUACAGUAGCAACCAAGGGGGAGCUUCAAGAUGAGAAACCAGAUAUUAAUGACGUGCCAAUGGAAGAAAGUCAGGACAACGAUCAUCCAGUGCGUCAAGAUUUGAAUGAAAGCACUUUGGAUUUAAGUCUGAACUUGAAUGCUCUUGACGAUGGCGGCGAAACUAGUUCAAAAGCUGAUCACAUUAGAGAUGGAAAGAGAAAGGGCUAACCUUAGAUUGUGUGGAUUGCUUGGACCUAUCAUUUUACAUUAGAGAAGCAGCUGCAGUUUAGUCCUUGCCAAUUCAAUUCUCUUAUUGGGACUGAGUUACUUGACAUCCCACAUCUCUGCUAAUCCUGAGUAUAUGGUUUUUCUCUAGUAUGAUUGCAUAUUCUAAUCUUGAUUUGUUCACAGAAAAUAUACAGUACCAAUUUUUUUAUCCUUAAAAUUCGAUAUCAAUGUAAGAAACUGUAAUGAGAGGCAAAGAAACUGUGUACGAUUAUCCACAUGUUGAGAUUUUAGUUUUGUUUGA